GAUCUGCCUCCCUGAGAGCGAGCCACCAGGUAAACUACGUUUCCCACAAAUCUCCCGACAUGGCGCAUGCGUAGUUGCAUCAUAACGACAUGAAGAACAGUUGUGUUUUCAGUAGCAACCGUCGCUCUGUACCGAAUAAAGUCGUUGUUAAAGGGUGAAAUAUGUCCACGCUGCUUGAUGAGACGGCAGCAGAUGUGCCAGUCAGAGACACCACAGUAAAUCUGUCCAGAGUUGCAGCAGGUCCACAAGAUUCAUCAGCGAAUCAGAAUGCUCGAGCGCGACAGGACAUCUCGCGGGUGUCCAGGGAGGAGCUGGAGGACCGGUUCCUGCGCCUCCACGAGGAGACCCUGCAGCUCAAACAGCACAUUCACAAGCAGGAUGAUAAGAUCAAGAAGCUGGGCACUAAGCUGAUGAGGCUGGUGAAGGACCGGGGUCGUAUGGAGCAGCUGGCAGCAGGGGGAGGCCAGCCAGUCUCCAGGGUGCGGGAUGUGGAGAUGGAGGAGAUGAUGGAGGACCUCCAGGAGAGGGUGCGGGCGCUGCAGACGGAGAACGAAGGACUGAAACAGCGCCUCCUGGUGGCCAAGCAGCAGCUCAUCAACUCGCAGAGCCGGAGGCCUACGCCGUACGGCCAAGUCCAGUCACGAGUCAACUCCGGGUUAAAGAAGCUGCGGGACGACGCUACCUCUCCUACUCGGACUCGGCCAAAAAGUACCAGGAGUUUGGAGGGAGGUGGGAGACCUCCGACCGGCCUCCUACCUCGAUUUGGACACAGUCUGCUGGAGGACGCGAGGGCCGAGAUCCGAAACCUCGAGAACGUGAUCGAGCUCCAGCGGAGCCACAUGGAGGAGAUGGAACGAGCCGCAGAGCUGCUGCAGGACGAACUGAGGAAGAAGGAGGCAGAGUAUGAGGAGAAGCUCCUGCAGGUGCGACAGCAGCAGACCUCCAAAAUGAGGUCACACGUCAACAGCAACGUGACGAUGAUCAAACUGCAGAAGCAGCUGGCUGACAGGUCCAGUGCUGUAACUGAGCUGGAAGGCCGAUUUCUACAACUGCAGGAGAGUCAGAGGACGCUGAAGGUCAGUCAUGAUGCGGCGAUGGUGAAGGUGGACGAGUUGUCGGCUCAACUGAAAGACGAGAGGCUGAAGAAUUUGGACCUGGAGAAACGACUGCAGAGCUCAAACCUGGCCAACAAAAAGAUGGAGCAGCUGCAGGAGCAGCUCAGUGAAGUGGAGCAGGAGAGGGACCUGCUGAAGGAGAACAACGACAAGCUGGUCAGCAGGGCCUUCGACGUGUCUCAGCAUCAGAAAUGGCAGAUCCAGGAGCAGCAGCUGAGGUUACAGAUCGUCCAGCUGGAGACGGCGCUGAAGGCCGACCUCGUCGACAAAAAUGAAAUCCUCGACAAAGUCAAGGCUGAAAGAGACAGAAGUGAGAAGCUGACAGAAGAAAAUCAAAAACUUCAGAUCCAGUUUCUGGAGCAGAAGCAGCAGCUGGAGGAACUAAAUGGUCGUCUGAAGUUCUACAGCAGGGAGAACGAGUACGACGUGGCUGAACUCACCGAGGCGCUGCUGCUCAUUAAGACUCGCAAGUCCCAGAAGAACGGAGACCUGGGCUUCCUGAAGGAGGUGGAAGAGGAAGCGAGCAGCAUCCAGGAGCUGCGAGCCGCCCACGCUGAAACCAUCCAGGAGCUGCAGAAGACCAGAAACAUCCUCAGCAUGGAGAGCAGGAUCUGCAAAGACUACAAGGCGGAGCUGGAAGCUGUGCGGAAGAAGAUGGACAGUGACAAAGUGGAGUACGAGCAGAAGCUGGAGCGACAGGCUCAACUGUUGGACACGAGGGCGGCGAAGAUCAACAAGCUGGAAGCUCAGCUCAGAGACAUAGCCUACGGCACCAAGACCUAUGUCCUCAAACCGGACAGGACAGAUGAGGACGAGGCAGAUGAGUUUGAUGAAACUUUUCACCUCGAACGUGGAGAGAACCUUCUGGAACUUCAGAUAGUCGGGGCCACGCUGUCUCCGUCCGCCCUGCAGGCUCUAGGGGACUGCGAACCAUCAACCUUCUGUACCUACUCCUUCUAUUUGUUUGAGCUGCACUCCACGCCGGUGGUGACCAGCCACAAACCCAGAUACGGGUUCACAUCUAAGUACGUGGUGAGCAUGGACGAGCACUUCCUCGACUACGUCCACAGAGGCUCCGUCACCGUGGAGCUGCAUCAGGCCCUGGGAUUAGACUGGAGGUCGCUGGCGACCGGUCAACUCCGGCUGCAGCAGCUUCUGGAGCAUGAUGGGAAGCUUCACGGGACCAUAGCGCUGGUUGGUGUGUCAGAUGAGACGCGGUCCUUCGGUUCUCUGGAUUACUGGCUGAGGCUGAGGAUCCCCAUGACAGAAACCACCCGUCUGUACAAAGAGAAGGUGAAGGCCGUCAGCUACAUCCACACCGUGCUGAGCCCACACACACAGCUGCAGCCGACCGCCAGCAGCAGCUGGAACGAGCUUUACAUCACGGUCCAGUGCUGCAGAGGCCUGCGGUCCAGAAGCUCCCAGCAGCCGAGCCCCUACGUCGUCUACAAGUUCUCUGACUUCCCCGACUACCCGACCGCCACCAUCCACGACUGCUGCGACCCCCAGUUCAAUGACCUCAAGUCCUACUCCGUCCCUAUGGGUGAAGACCUCCAUCAGUACCUGAGAGCUGAGCUCCUUCACUUCUACGUGUUCGACUACAAAGAGGAGCGGCUGGACGAGUACGUGGGGAAGGCCAAAGUGCCUCUGCUGCCACUGGCCCAGGACGAGGAGAUUGCUGGUGUGUUUGAGCUCAGUGAUCCCUCCGGAUGCCCCGCCGGCCAUAUUGAAGUGAUGCUGAGGUGGAAGUUCACUUACAUCCCUCCGUCAGGCUCCAUCACCACUGCCAAAGAGCCCGAGUUCAUCCCUGAAGACAGAGCAGGCAGGCCGAAACAGGAACAUCUCAGUGUGCAGGACGAGCAGAUCGACGCUGAUGAGACGCUGCAGGAGGAGGCCAGCAGAGACCUUCUUCAUCUGUCCACCUCCCUGCCUGAGGACGCCGCGUCUCAGGCUCUGCUGCCAAAGCUCAAACACAAGACACAAGUGAAGGAGGGACUGGCUGCCAAAAAGGUCACCUUUGUGGAUCCCACAAAGAGCACACAGCAGGUUGGGGACAGCAGUUCAGCAGGUGUCAGCCUGUCUGCAGAGGAAACAUCACCUGUUGCAAAGCAGGUUUUGGCUCCAGCAGCUCAAAGCACAGAAGAAGAGGAGGAGGAUGAAGAAGAAGAGUCUCACUUCUCUGAAGGACAGCUGGUCCCAGCCAGCUCUCAGUCCUACUCCGACGACUCCGAAAUCUCUGAGAUCAUCGAAGAUGCUGAGGAGGCCCCGGCAACCAAAGCAGAUCAGAGCGAAUCCGACAGCGAUGACUGCAUCGUUGAGGGGCAGGCGGCGGGGAGGAAGCGCUCCGAGCGAAUGCGGGUGGAGAUUCUGUCUCUGAGCCUGAGGCCGGAGUGUCGGGUGGCCCGGGACGGCGGCGUGGUGCGUCUCUUUGUGGAGUACUCCCUCCUGGACCUGCCCACAGAGGAAACCCCCCUGUCUCUACCCAAACCCCCCGAGGGCAAGAGCAUCAACUACAACUACAGCAAAGUCAUUCCUGUGGACGCUGAGAACAACGGGGCGACGCGGCGGCUGCUGAGGGAAGUCCUGCAGGGACGAAACCCUCAGAUGGAGAGAAUCCGGUUCACGGUGGUCAGCGAGCCUCCGGAGGAAGAAGAGCAGGAGAAGGAGUGUGAGGACGUGGGUGUGGCUUUUCUGAGGAUCCCCGAAAUCCUGGAGAAACAACGAGACCUGACCGAGACCAGUCUGAACGUCGUGGACGUGGAGGACAGCAGCGAUGUGGUCGGCAGUCUGACUGUAUCUGUGGAGGGACUGGAGGCUUUGCAGGCCAUCAUGGAGGACCAGGACCAGGACCAGGAACGAACCCCCGUCUCCUCGCUGCUACCUUCAGCUUGAGGCAACAACAUGACUCAGCAUCGCCUGCCACCGGGAUGAGACGCAGUCACUGAAGCUGAGAUCGGCUUGAACAGUUUGACUGAUCAGACUGCAGGUUGUGAGGUCGUGUUUUGUUCAGACUUUGCACUGUGAUGAUAUUUCGUACAUAGUUAAAGUGGUACAUGUUGACAUAUUUUCAAUCUGUUUGUGAUUUUAGCUCUUUGUUUGCCUGCUGAACACAGAUUUGGUUGUUUGCAGAUGAAAACCACUGACACAUAAAGAUGGCUGACACGUCUCCACUUCCACUGUACAAAAGUGAAGUCAAAACAUCCCUGAUAUGAGCGCUGCCAGCAGUAGAGAUUGGGAGGUGGAGCCACGGUACUGCGUUCCUGCCCAUAAACCUGUCUGAGCCAAUCAGGAGCAGCAGUCAGUCAUGAUGUUUCAGCCCCUUUUAAGAGCAUCAAAUUACUAAUUAAAACCAAACUGAUCAGAAAAAUGAACACUAGAUCAAACAUCAGUGUGGUAAGAAUUUCUUAAAAUGAUAGAAACCAUCUUUGGUAAAAAUUUAUUUCACAUGUUCUUAGAGUUUUUAUUUUGACUCAUGUCCCAUCUGCUAACAUGGAGGGGGAGGAGCUUAUGAGCUGUACUGCAGCCUGCCACCAGGGGGCAUCCAGGUAUUUUGUCUUCACUUUUGAGGAGCUCUCGUGUCGUCCAUCUUCGUAUGCAGUCAGUGACAAAGUGAACACAGGUUGAAAGUUUGGUUGAAGUGUUUCUUUUAAUACUUAAUAACUGGCCAACAUUUGUUCUGUUUCAAGACAAAUGACUGAGGUUCCACAGCAGCAUGAAGUGUAAAUGACCUCACUGAAGAUGAACUGUAUCUGUGCCUCUCGCAUCUAGUCGAGCGUGUAAAAGUUUGUUGAUAUGCUGUACUCCAGCUCUUACAAUGAUCUGUUUUUAAAGUUUGUUUUGUGUUGAUGCACUGCAGUUAUUUAAUGUAUUUCAGAAGGGACUUGUUAGUGAGUCCACCACAGUUCAUGUAAUAUUUAUUGUGUCUCGGGUUUGAGAUUUGGCUGUGGACGUGCAGAUAAGCCGCAGUGAGUUUCUACACAUUCAUUUAAUUUUGUGUGUUUAGUCUCGGUGUGUUCAUACGAAGUGAGCUGACGCUGCUCAAAACCUGCACAGUUCGGACUGAAUGAUGUUGUUUAUGGCAGAGACAGAGUAAGUCUUACAGACGUGCCUUAAAUGUGAGAUUUCCUGGAUGACAUUUUGUAUUGUGCUCUAAUAAAGAGUGUUUAUUCUGUA